AUGGGAGUGCUGAUGGAUCAAAGUGAACUACCAUCACCUACUCUAAUAUACUACUAUAAAAUUUACGAAAAUGUGGCAAUUUCGAUAACCUUCUUCAUGGUUGUCAUCACAUUGGCUGUCAUGUUUUUAUGUAGGUUUUGAAGGGUCAGAGACCAAAUUUUAAUAAUUUUUACUUAACGAUACAUGGGGGAAUAUGUCAAUGAAUACAGAAACAUCUGUAGUCAAAAUUUUAAAGUCCAAGUGCACAAGUUACAUAUAGAUUUUCUUAUGACAUUAGUUUUAUUUGAAAUUGUAACGUCAUGACGGCCAACUAUUAUAGAAAUUUUGAAAGGAGGACUGAUUCACAAAAAAGUCGGAUAGAAUAGGACUUAUUGUGAGGUAUGCUAGGAUGACUGUGGAAUAAGGUAAGGUGUGGUACAGGGGCGUCGCUACGGAUUUUUUCUGGGGGGUGGAGACCCAAAAAAAUUUUUUUCGUCCACAGGUAGCUAGCUACCUGUGGACCGAUUUUUUCAUUUUUCAAAAAAAUUGUUUUUUCGAUUUUUAACUUUUAAAAUUACAUAAAAUUACAUUUUCGAUUUUUAACUUUUAAAAUUACGACUUCUUAAAUUUACAUUGCCAUUUCAAAAUUAUUUUUUUAGCAAGAACUCGAGCUAUAACACGGUAUCGUUGGUACUUAAUCCACGAGCUGUUGUGGUAAGCAAAACGUUUUUACUGUAUCCAAACUUAAAUAAUGACUAAAAAUUACCUUGACAUGUUUUACCUCCUUCCAGGUCCCUAUUCUUCGACGGUAUGGGUAGUCUUAUUGGUGCUGUCACUUUAUUCCCACUGCCUUGUUACUACGGUGUUAAUUUGUCAAGCACGUUCACUGGCACUCAACAGACAGUUUACUUUUUCAUAGGCAUUAACUCGCUAGUUGGCAAAGCAUUUUCAUUAAUAUACCAGUUGGAAUACCGAUUGGUACAGACUUUACCGUCUGACAACACAUUUCGGGUUUUGUCGACUUCUUUAUACGGUAGAAAGGAGCUGGUUGUUAGGCCGCUGAUCAUGGUCGCUUGUAGCGUUUUGCUUUUUGUGAGUUUGUUUUUCAGAAGGGUAGGGUACGGCUAGAGAGCUAUGGUUCUAUUUAAAAUAAGGUUGGGGGGGGGGUGAGCAGUACUGCAGGAGCAAAGAUGAGGUCAACGGUAAGGUUUCCUAUAAGCUAUUCGGUAUUAUUUUGAGUAGGACAUAUGCCAGCAAAUACGGUAGGACCUAAGGUAGGGUAGUGUAGGGUAUAGUAGGGUAAGGUAGGGUAGAAUAGGUAGGGUAGGGUAGGGUACGGUACGGUAGGGUAGGGUCGAGUAGGAUACGGUUGGGUAGGGUAGGGUACGGUAGUAUAGGGUAAGGGAGAGUAGAGUACGGUAUGGUACGGUGCGGUACAUUAGAGUAGAGUAAAAUAGGGUACGGUAGAAUAGGGAAGGGUACGAUAGGGUACGGUAGAGUAGGGUUGGGUAUCAUGUGGUAGAUUAAGUAAUUUUUUACUUAAAAAGUUACAGGAAUUCUAUUUCAGACGCCAUUCGUUUUAAGCUUUCCCGACCAAAAGCAGCAGCGUGACUACCUCUCUUCACUAGACCCAGUAGUAGCUCAAAUCUUCAUAGACCAUCCUAGUGUAAUAUGUUUUGCUCGUGGUACGGAAGUAACCAAGGUGCUACUAAUAGCGUUCAUAGCCGUAUCUUUGCUUCCAUUACUUGGUGUCUUUGCUUUUUGGGUUAUGUACCGGGCGAUUCAGCGGAGUCGCAACUCUGCCAACACUUAUCGACUGCAAAUGAUGCUCUUUUGGUCGUUGAUGGCCCAAGAAGGUUCCGUGAUGAUGUUAAUGGUAUUCCCUGGCAUGGUAUACCUUGGCGGGUCUAUCUUUGGACUACGCAACAUGCCUACAAUAUCUGUUGUUUGUUUCUUCUUCUUUCUUAUCCAUACUCCAAUCGACUGUUUGAUGAUACUGUACUUUAUUAAGCCUUAUCGACAGUUUUUGUACAAUCAUAUACCCUUCCUACGGAAUUAUACUACGAGUGCGUAUGAGAAUUAUAGCACAACAACGGCUGUUACCAGAAGGAAAUCCUCGUUUUAUCCGAUUGGAAAGCGCAUUAGUCCUAUGGCUAUGUAUCCUCCAAAGGUUUGA